AUGUACAAAGUUGGAGAUAUCGAAGUGCUGCAAUGUGCACCUUCGUCGCUGGAUUCGCCCAGUGCUCAAUAUCAGGGCUGUAACCCCGGUACUGUGAUCCUUCCUACAGGACAUCGAAAAGACAGCAAUCAUGCAGAAUUCGCCGCCAAUACUAUUCUAGAAAGGGAUAUUGAGAUUCCUCUACGUGAUGGGACCAUUUUGCGGGCUGAUGUCUAUCGCCCAAAGGAUUUUGAUGGAAAGGUCCCCGCGCUCAUGGCGUGGAGCCCUUAUGGGAAGAGCGGACAAGGGUUUUUGACUCUUGACCUGAUUCCUGGACGUGUUGGUGUUCCACAAAACAAGUUAUCUGGGUACGAAAGCUUUGAAGCGCCAGACCCGGCCGAGUGGACAUCUCGGGGCUAUGCAAUCGUCAAUGUGGACAUAAGAGGAGUCUUUGAUUCCACCGGCGACAUCAGAUGGUUCGGAACACGCGACGGUCAGGAUGGCUACGAUGCUGUUGAACAUGUUGCUCAGCUGGACUGGUGCACAGGAAAGGUUGCGCUGGUGGGAAAUUCGUGGCUGGCCGCAACCCAGUGGUCCAUCGCGGCUGAACGGCCACCCCACUUGGCCUGCAUCGCGCCAUUAGAGGGUGUCAGUGAUUUCUAUCGAGAGACUUUUUGUCGAGGUGGUGUCCCAUACACGCCUUUCUGGGGCUUUCUCCGAAGCCAUGGUCUCUUUGGCCGGAAUCAACAAGAAGACGUGGUGGGUAUGCUAGCUCAAUACCCUUUGAUGAACGAGUACUGGAAGGAUAAGAGGGCGAAGAUCGAGGACAUCCAGGUUCCUGCCUACGUGCUGGCAAGUUACUCCAGUGGUCUCCAUACAGUAGGCUCCUUCCGUGGAUUUGAAGAUAUUCCUCAUCAAAAUAAAUGGCUGCGAGUUCAUCCGACCUUUGAAUGGCACGACCUAUACAAGCCGGAAAUGAACAACGAGCUGCAGUUAUUCUUCGAUCGUUUCACGAAGGGGAUCCAAAACUCAUGGGAGCAAACCCCACGAGUCAGAGUCUCCACAUUGAAUUUCCACAAGGAGCCAGAAGUAAAUCAUGUAUUCAAUGACUGGCCAGUCCCGAGUGCACGGCCUCAGCUGCUUUACCUGUCCGCUGACGGGAGUCUCAAUGAGAACCCCUCUCCUAGCACCCUAACGCUUUCAUAUCAGUCCGAUGUUUCUGCAAUGCAGAUGGACACAAACACUGAGGAAAUCCAGUUCGUGUACACUUUCCAACAUCGCAGCCAUCUCGUUGGAUAUUCUAAGGUCAUUCUGUACAUGUCUUGCAACUAUCAUGACGACAUGGACGUCUUUGUUCAGCUCCGUAAAGCGGACUCCGCCGGAAAGACAUUACAGAAUAUCAACAUCCCCCUGAGUGAUUUACAGAUGCAAUCAUCCGAGGUCGAAACUGUCAACUGCCUGAAAUAUCUCGGGCCAACGGGUAUCCUUCGUGCCAGUCACCGCAAACUGGACUCUCACCUCUCGAAGCCAUACUGGCCGGUCCACACGCAUGACCGGGAAGAACGCGUGGAGCCAGGUGAGAUUGUGCGUCUGGAAAUUGGACUCUGGCCUACCGGCAUUGUAUUCGACGCGGGUGAAAAGUUGGUUUUGAAGAUUGCCGGACAUCAUAUGGCACUGGCUGAGUUUGUUCCUUUGCGAGGAGCUUUCAAGGCGGGCAACAAAGGUCGCCACAACGUCCACAUGGGUCCCGAGCACCAAAGCCAAGUCAUCUUUGCCAUUGUCCAUAUGUAG